CUAUGAUUCAACACACCUCCUCCGUUGAACUGCCUUCGACCUUUGCUUCACGCAUCAUGCUCUCAAUCGUCAUUCGUCCCUUGAAUUCGCCACCUUCCUCCCCCCAUGAGCUUCCACCCUACCAUUGUUCUCGUACAAGUUCUUCCUCGAUCCCACCUGAGAAGAUUGUGUGGCCAUUUCUGUCAUCUCUGUCAUCUCUAACCACCAGCGGACACUCACACGACAAGCUUCAAUGCGAGCUGCCAACACCAUACUCGUCUCUGGGCAUGCCGUGCCGUCUUUCCAGCUCUCCUCUCUGACCUACCAUGGCCACGACAACCGUCAACCCUAUUUCCGGAACCCUGCUUCCUCUCCACCAGUCCUUCGCAUUCAUUCAAUAGUGGGCACCGGACAGAACACUAACUCGACCUGGAAACAGAGCCAUCUUCACUUGCCAUCGUCGGUGCCCAGCCCGCUCCGCCACACUCACAUUGCAAUGGCAACUCCAGACCCUGAGGAGUUGGAGCGCAUGCAACAGCUUUCCGACAACUACCGGCCUGUUCUUUCUGGACCCAAGGUCGGACCCAAGAAGCCCAUUUCUGAACUUAGUAGCGAAUAUGCUCAAGCGGAUCAAGCCUUUGUCAUCAAGACCCGAGCUCUCGAGCAAAGCCAUAUCUCAUAUCGCACCAUCCAAGGCGACGGACAGUGUGGAUGGCGAGCCGUGGUCUUUGCUUAUUUCGAGAUACUGCUCAAGUCUGGCGACGUUGGCUUGAUCAACCAAGAAAAAGUUCGGCUGCAGUCAUUCGAGCAGACGAUGCGUGCCGUAGGUAUCGACUACGAUAUCAUUGUCGACAUGUUUGACUACACAUGGGAGUUUUUCGAUGAGAUUCUCAAGGCUAUCCAGCAAGGCCAGCAGGAUGAGGCUGUCCUUUUGCAGGCCUUGAACGAUGAAAACCAAUCAAACUCGAUCAUCUAUCACUUCAAGAUCAUGACCUCAGCCUUUAUGCAAGUUCAGUCCGAACGAUACGAAAACUUUCUCGAGAUGUCAGUGAAUCAGUACUGCCUGACCAGGAUCGAUCCUGCAAACCAAGAGAUUGACCAUAUUGGUUUGCAAGCUUUGACUGACGCCGUCAUCUCCCCUGCCUAUAUCGCCGUUGAGGUAUCUUAUCUUGACCGGAGCGAUGGCGACCAAGUCACUCCACAUGCUUUUGUGCCCAACGCAUCUCCAAGUUGGCCAACCAUUCGUCUCAUCUACAGACCGGGUCACUACGAUCUCAUCUACAAGGACGACCCGGUCCAGGUGUUCCUGCAGACCCAUGUCCCCCAAUAUGUCCCUUCCUACAGCAACGACCCAUUUAGAGGAGACAUGGACUCGUUGAACUAUUCUGCCUUUCUUUUCCCGGGCUCAAAUGUUAUUUCCUCACACUCGGAAGCUUCGACAGCUUAUACCGCACCAGCAUCCAACUUCAGCGAUCACUAUGCGGUUGCUCCGCCCAUCAGCAUGCCAAUGGCAGAGUCAGCCCACUCGUCCUAUGUUUCUCCCGUCUCUUUCAGCGACGUGGACAGUCAGCAGCCCGCCCGAAAUCGUACACUGACAUAUCGUGCUUACUCGGACCCGGUCAUACAACAGCCGCGGAAUAGCCAUCACUUCAACUCGUCUCCCCAUUCGCCUCAGCCGUCGCCCACAUCGGACAAUCACAGUGGUGGUCCUCAAGCCACAGCGACGGGGAAAGAACCUCUUGUGCGAUACAACGAAUAUUGUUACAACUACAAGUUGGAACGUCAUGAGAGCAUCCCGCUCGACCCGGGUACGUUUGGGAGCUCGACGCAAAAUCUGAAUCAUUUCACCAACUCUGAGUUCCAGCCUCAGAUAUGGAAUGCCAAACAUGAAUACAACAAAAUCGAUUGAUUCGUUGGUUGGUUGACUGACCGGAGCGAAUGAUCGCCGGGAGAUGUCUCUUGCCUCUCCUGUGGCUAGUUCAGCCGCAUGGAGAUCCGGUUCCCUGCCACACGACCACUAAUCAUCAAGAGAGCCAUGAACAGCUAGGAGGACAGGUGAGGGCGGGUUUUGUCAGACGAAUCACAAUGAUACAGCAAAACAGUCUGAAUGCUCAGGUGGGAGCUUGGCGUGCGACCAUUUGGUACGCGACGCGGAGGCGGAGGGUCUGAAAAUGGAAAGUCCUGAGACUGGAUAUUUUCAUCUUUGUUCUCGUCAAAAUGACAGCGCAGGACCGGGGCGCCACGUGAGCUUCGUGGGAAAAUGCACCAUAGAUGGCUCAUUUGUCAGGAGAGAAGUUCGCGGCCCCAGCCGUAGAUUUACAGAAUAUGGCUCGAGACUGCGGAUUUUGAGGGCACAUGAGCAGGCUUGGCGUUGAUGCAUGGGGGAUGUUUGCUGAUGCCGGUGGUUAGUCCCGUUGAUUAAUGAUGCCAACUGCUAAUCCUUAUCAUUCUCAC